AUGGCGGCGGCCUUCUUCGACAGGCUACCUGCCGGCUUGACCGCGGCAGAGGAAGAGCUCCGGGAUCAUCUUGUUCGAGCUUCACGAAUAGCAGCCGAGCUGUUGCCGCCUGGCAAUGUGGUCUCCCUUCAAGAAUGGGUGGAGUGUCGGAUGCCUGGAGAAGUGGAUCUUGCCACAGAUGCGGCUGGGCUUGUCACGCUGCGACCUGCUCGGUCCCAGAAGGAAGACCACGGCAGAAAGCGGCCAGACGACUUCUUCAAGAGCCUCCCGCAGGACAGCUUUACUCCAGAGGAGGAGAGGCUGCGGUUUGCCAUCUUGGACUUUCUGGCAGGAUGGACCGCAAAGGACCUGGCCACGAUGGAGCAUUUGCAGAACAAUCCGCACGUUCUCGAGGCGGGGCGAAUACAGAACAGCUCAGGCGUCAGCCUGAAGGACUGGAUCGAGAGACGGAUAGGAGGUGAGCUGACACUGCAGCCGGGUCGUGGGGGCUCAAUGGUCAUCAAUUUGGCCCCCGCUGGUCGGCCUGCCGUCGCUGAGAGGGUGCGAGGGCUUUUUUUGCCGGGUCGAGCUGCUGCGGCGAGGAUUCCAUAUGCCGCCUGCAGGGAUGCCUCUGCCCCAUCCUCCGCAUCCAGCACCCAUGCCCAUGAUGCCGCCUGCGAUGCGACCCAUGCCGCCUGCAUGGCCAGCCCAGAAGCCUGCAAAGCCAGCGGAGCCCGGGGGGGAGAAAGAAGGGCAUCGAGAUUCUUCGAAGUGCUGUCACCUUCUGGAGUGCUGCGGGUGAACAGGCUGCUCGUGUUCGCGAAUUGGUAUUUGUGUGGGAUUCGGGCCGUUCUCGGCUUCAUGGCUGUGCAGGGCGUGCAGGGCGUGCAGGGCGGCAAGAAGAGCUUCUUCGAAACCUUGCCCGCAGACGAGCUUCUUCCCAAAGAGCUGGAGCUUCGUCAGCUGCUUUUCGACCACCUGGACUGCUUCAUCCAGAACGGAGGUGCUGGCGAGGGGCCGAUGUUGUCUUCCAUAGCGCAGGGCAAGGUCUGUCAGAAGCUCAAAACCGAGCUCUUGAAAAGAGAGGUCUCCCUCCGCGAUUGGAUUGAUAGGCGGAUUGGCGGCGAGAUCGCCACAAAGGUCGCCUCAAAUGGGCAGGUCAUUAUCCAUUAUCGCAAUGAGAACGACCAAGCAGAUGCUCAGGAGCCUGAAAUAGAAGAGCCCAUGGAGGGAACGGAGAUCAGUCGAGACGCUCAGGCCUUUUUCGACGACCUGCCUCCUGAUGGCUUCUUGCCGGAAGAGGAGGCUUUGAGAGAGGCCAUCCUGAAUUUUUUGGAUAGCUCGGGCCCAGAUGCGCCCCCGACACUCAGAGAGGCCCAGCAGGUCCCGGAGCGCCUGCCAUCAGCCUGGUUUCGGCACGUUUCGGCUCGAAGUUUUGGCUUCCGCCUUUCCAAAACAAAGAACGUGAGACACGCAAUGCGGCUACUAGCCGGAGUGCAGCUUCUGGCAAGCCUGUGGCUUCUGCAGCCGGCAUCGUCGCAACAACUUGGCCAGAUCAAGGGGCGCAUCAGCAUCCCCCACAAGUACCAGGAAGUAAUCAGUGCCGCCAGCGGUGCGGGCCUAGCAGCAGCCCGGGUCAUCCUGGAUGGAGGUCUCCUGUCGGCCUUGCCUGCUUCAGACGGGCACUUUGCCCUCAACGGCGUAGCUGUUGGGCCACAUAUUUUGCAGGUUGUUCAUCCGCUGCUGAGCUUCGACCCAGUCAGAGUAGAGGCAGCAGAGGGUUCGGCAGGACUCAAAAUGAGUGCUUACAUUGCAGACAUGGAGCACGGCAAGGGGGUGAAGCUUAAAUAUCCCUUGGGCUUGGCACCCUCGGGCGCCUUCAGCUACCUCGAGAAGCGGGAGGAAUUCAACGUGCUCUCCGUCUUCAAGAGCCCGUAUGCGCUUUUCGGUCUCGUCAGCAUGGGUGCAAUGUUGUUCCUUCCGAAGCUCCAGUCCAUGGUGGAGGAGGAGAAGGAGAGACAGCAGCAAGAGCUGCAGCAACAGAAACCCGAGAAAAAGCAGGGAGCUCAGAACUUCACGGUUGAUAGGAAUUGA